AUCGCCUGUAGAAUCGUGCACCUUUUGGAUAUCUCUCUCAAGCUGCAGGAAAAGUUCUCUCUCUCUACAAAGUCUGGAUUGAUUUCAGGAGUAUCGCUUUUUGCUCCAGUUCGUUUUCGCUCGAGCAGUAAGCCAAGUCUGUGGGAUUGCCAACAAGGUAACCCUAUUUCUCACGUAUAUGGAGAGAUCCUUCACUUUAGGGUUUAUCAUUCUGUUCCUCUCUACUUUCCUUUGAACCUUACGAACUGGUUCUGUUGUCCCCCGGUUAGGGUUUCUGAUUAAGCUUUCGAGUACUUUAUUCCAGUCAGAAAUGGUGGAUCCUGGAAUUGACGAUAAAGUAACCUAUUUCCAAGCGAUUACAGGGGUUGAGGACCUCGCUCUAUGUCAAGAGAUCCUUGAAGCCCAUGGCUGGGAUCUUGAACUCGCUGUCUCUUCAUUUACUUCUACCUCUGAGCCCUCUGUUACUUCCUCUGGUUUGGAUGGCGGGCCCUCAGAAUUAGGGUUUGCAGAGCUGGGAUUCAGGGGUGAAACUAGGGUUUCCAAUCAUGGAGAAGAAGAGUUUGUUCCAUAUCCUAAUUCUCCUGGUAUUGUAUGGAAGGUCGUAAAGCUUCCAUUUUCUCUGAUCAGAGGGAGUUUAGGAUUAAUUUCAGGGGCAAUUGGGUUUGGUUUAUGGGCAGCAGGCGGGGCUUUCUCGUACUCGAUAGGGGCUCUUCGAUGGGCUUUGGGGAGUCAAGGGAAUGAGAGAGGUGAGGAGAAUUCUUCAUUUGUUUCUCUUUCUUCUGGUGCAGUAGAAGCUCGAGCAUUCAUCGAUGGUUUUGAGAGUGAAUAUGGGGAAUUUCACCCUAAUUUCGCAGUUCUUGGGUUCAUGGAAUCAUUAGGAAGGUCUAGAGAGGCUUUCAAGCUGUUGUUUGUGUAUUUGCACUCUCCUGAUCACCCUGAUACUUCAGCUUUUUGCCGUGAUACCUUGUGUGCUCAGCCUGUUGUAGAGUUUUUGAAUGAGAAUUUUGUUUGUUGGGGUGGGAGUGUUAGGUCAAGUGAAGGUUUCAAGAUGAGUAACAGUUUGAGGGCUUCGAAGUUUCCAUUCUGUGCAGUGGUCAUGGCGGCUUCUAAUCAGAGGAUUGCGCUUCUUCAACAGAUUGAGGGACCAAAAUCCAUAGAGGUGUUUAUUCCCAUUCUUCAGAAAGUAGUUGAAGAGAGUGGCACAGUGCUUGUUGCCGCUAGGAUUGAGGAAGAAGAAAGGAGACACGACAGACGUUUGAGGGAAGAGCAGGAUGCUGCAUAUCGUGCAGCACUUGAAGCUGACCAAGCUAGGGAGCGCCAAAGAAAAGAAGAGCAAGAAAGAUUGGAAAGAGAGGCUGCUGAAGCUGAGAGAAAGAAGAAGGAAGAAGAAGAGGCCUUGGCCAAGGCAGCCCGAGAGACUGCUGAGAAAGAAGCUGCUCUGGAAAGAAGGCGUCAGGAGAAAGCGUUGUCAUUGGGUGCUGAACCUGAAAAAGGACCAGAUGUGACAGAAGUUCUUGUACGGUUCCCAACUGGAGAGCGCAAAGAGCGGAGGUUCCAUAGCUCUGCAACAAUCCACUCUCUUUAUGACUAUGUUGAUUCAUUGAACUGCUUAAAUGCCGAGAAAUACAGCCUGGUUACAAAUUUCCCCAGGGUUGUGUAUGGUCCAGAUAAGUUUGACUUGUCAUUGAAAGUGGCAGGUUUGCACCCACAGGUUAGUUUGUAUGUUCAGGUUGAGGACUCCUAAAGUUCCGGACCUACCAAAUUUAAGCACGCAGAUCAUCUCAUUCUCAUUCAUAUGAGAAAAAUUAGCAGCGACUAAGGUAGAAGCCACAAGUUUGAGCCCGAGGUGAGUUGUAUGGAUCAACAUGAAUUCAAUGCCUUAAUCUGCAUUAGUCAUCUUCUCGCUUUGGUCUAUUUUAUCCUGCAACUUUACUUUCUCGUCCUUGGUCUUCAAGGGCCUUGUCUAUUUUUAAUGUACCGAAAUGGGUUUCUAAAAAAGUGUGCACCACGAAGCCAUUUUCAUAGCACUUAUUUAAUGCUGGGAUCAGAUAGAAGGUCCAUAUUUCAAUUUCUUAGUCAGGGCUAAUAUCAUUUCUAGUGGAUCAAAUGGAAAUGCUGGUAUGGGUGGGAAUGUAUUGCACCAAUCCAGAUCAAGACGACUUUCAUCGAAUGCUAGUAAAUAAGAGAGCUGAAAUUUGUUUCAAGUAUAUUUUUUUUUAAUGAAACUGUCUUCUGAAUAGCCUUGUAGUUUUCGUCUGGAUCAAGGAGACAUGGAUUAACUUAUCU